AUGGCGGAACCCCUGCCCAUUCGCUUCCAGGAACACUGCCAGCUCCAAAACUUGGGCGUCAACGCAGCAAGUAUCGGCUUCAACACACUCACGCUGGAAUCAGACCGCUUCAUCUGUGUCCGGGAUACGACGGGCGAACAGAACCUGGUCGUCAUUAUCGACCUCACCGACCCCACCAAUGUGAUCCGCAGACCCAUCACAGCCGACUCGGCUAUCAUGCACCCCGCCAGCAAAGUCAUCGCCCUCAAAGCCGGACGACAGCUGCAGAUUUUCAACUUGGAGAUGAAGACCAAAGUAAAGUCCCACCUGAUGCACGACGACGUUGAGUUCUGGAAAUGGAUCUCUCUCAAAUCGCUUGCCCUUGUCACCAGCACCGCAGUCUACCACUGGUCUAUGGAGGGCGACUCCCAACCUAUCAAGGUCUUUGACCGCCACCCCAGUAUGAGUGGAACCCAGAUUAUCAACUACCGCAUCAACUCGGACGAAAAGUGGAUGGUCCUCGUCGGAAUCUCGUCCAGGGAGGGACGCGUUGCUGGUUCGAUGCAGCUCUACUCCAAGGAGCGCGGUGUCAGCCAGCCUAUCGAGGGUCACGCUGCUGCAUUUGCUGAGCUUACGUUGGAUGGUGGCAACUCUCCCACAAAGCUGUUUGCCUUUGCUGUUCGCACCGCAGUUGGAGCCAAGCUGCACGUUGUUGAGGUUGACCACAAGGACGGCAACCCAGUAUACGCAAAGAAGGCCGUCGACGUCUUCUUCCCUCCAGAGGCCAGCGGCGACUUCCCUGUCGCCAUGCAGAUCAGUCAAAAGUACGGCAUCAUCUUCUUGGUCACCAAGUUUGGAUUCAUCCACCUCUACGACCUCGAGACAGGAACCUGUAUCUACAUGAACCGUAUCAGUGGCGAGACAAUCUUUGUGACAGCAGAGCACGAGGCAACAAGUGGAGUCAUCGGUGUCAACCGCAAGGGUCAGGUCCUCUCCGUCAGCGUUGAUGAGACCAACCUUGUCCCCUACAUUGUCAACACUCUUCGCAACUCUGAGUUGGCCCUUAAGGUCGCCUCCCGUGGUGGUUUACCCGGCGCUGAUGACCUUUACGUCCAGCGUUUCCAGCAGCUCUUCCAAUCUGGAGAUUUCAGCCAGGCCGCCAAAAUCGCCGCCACCUCACCAAAGGGAAUCCUCCGCACACCUCAGACAAUUGAGCGUUUCAAGGCGAUUCCCACACAGGCCGGCCAGGUCCCUCCUAUUCUGCAGUACUUUGUGACUUUGUUGGAGAAAGGAGAGUUGAACAAGUACGAAUCGCUUGAGCUCGCCAAGCCCGUUCUCGCACAGGGCCGCAAGCAGCUUUUGGAGAAGUGGCUCAAGGAGGACAAGCUGGAGUGCAGUGAGGAGUUGGGUGAUAUCGUCAAGCAGCACGACUUGAACCUCGCUCUUUCCGUAUACCUUCGUGCUAAUGUCCCCAACAAGGUCAUUGCUUGCUUUGCCGAGACAAAGCAGUAUCCCAAGAUCAUUUUGUACGCCAACAAGGUCGGCUAUACCCCUGACUACGCCACGCUCCUUCAGCACAUCAUGCGCAUGGAUCCCGACAAUGGCGCCGAGUUUGCUACUCUUCUCGCCAACAACGAAGGCGGACCCUUGGUGGACUUGGAGAAGGUCGUUGAUGUGUUCAUGUCGCAGAACAUGAUCCAGCAGGCUACCGCUUUCUUGUUGGAGGCUCUCAAGGACAACUUGCCCCAACACGCUCACCUCCAGACCCGUUUGCUUGAGAUGAACCUCAUGCACGCCCCUCAGGUUGCUGAUGCGAUCUUGGGCAACGAAAUGUUCACCCAUUACGACCGUGCUUCGAUCGCCAGCAUGUGCGAGAAGGCUGGUCUCUACCAGAGAGCUUUGGAGCACUACACCGAGAACGCUGACAUCAAGCGUGUCUUGGUCCACACUCACCUUUUCCAGCCCGACUGGGUCAUUGCCUACUUUGGUCGUCUCGCAGUCGAGCAGUCGCUGGACUGCUUGCGUGAAAUGCUGAGCUCUAACAUGCGCCAAAACUUGCAGAUUGUUGUCCAAGUCGCCACCAAGUACUCUGAGCAGUUGGGCGCCUCAAAGUUGAUCGAGCUUUUCGAAUCUUUCAACACCUUUGAGGGACUUUACCACUACCUGGGCUCUAUUGUCAACCUGAGCCAGGAUCCUGAGGUUAUCUACAAAUACAUUGAGGCUGCCUGCAAGACUGGUCAGCUCAAGGAGGUCGAGCGCAUCUGUCGCGAGUCCAACUACUACAACCCCGAAAGGGUCAAGAACUUCCUCAAGGACGCCAAGUUGACCGACCAGCUUCCUUUGAUCAUUGUCUGCGACCGCUUCGACUUUGUCCACGACUUGGUCCUCUACUUGUACCAGAACAACUUGUCCAAGUACAUUGAGACCUAUGUCCAGAAGGUCAACCCCUCUAGAACCCCUGCCGUCAUCGGUGCGCUGCUGGACGUUGGCUGCGACGAGUCUGUCAUCAAGAGCUUGUUGAUGACCGUCCGUGGCGAUAUGCCCGUCGGAGAGUUGGUCGACCAGACCGAGAAGCGCAACCGCUUGAAGCUCCUCCUGCCUUGGUUGGAGGUCAAGGUGAACGAGAGCAGCCAGGACCCCGAGGUCUACAACGCCAUUGCCAAGAUUUACAUCGACAGCAACAACAACCCCGAGCCUUUCCUCAGGAAUAACGCCUUCUACGACUCCAGGACUAUUGGAAAGUACUGCGAGAAGCGCGACCCCUACCUUGCCUUCAUUGCCUACGAGCGUGGACAGUGCGAUGUCGAAUUGAUCGAGAUCACCAACAACAAUUCGAUGUUCAAGCACCAGGCCCGCUACUUGGUCAAGCGUCGCGAUGCCAACCUAUGGGCUCAUGUCUUGAGCAACGACAACCCCAGCCGUCGCGCAUUGAUUGACCAGGUCGUGUCGACCGCUCUUUCCGAGACCCAGGACCCCGAGGAUGUCUCGAUCACCGUCAAGGCUUUCAUGGCUGCCUACCUCCCCAACGAAUUGAUUGAGCUCCUUGAGAAGAUCAUUCUCGAGGCCUCUGCCUUUAGCGACAACCGCAACCUCCAGAACCUUUUGAUCUUGACUGCCAUCCAGGCUGACAAGUCCAAGGUCAUGGACUACAUCAAUCGUCUGGACAACUUUGAUGCCCCCGAUAUCGCCGAUCACGCCAUCCGCAACGGACUGUUCGAAGAGGCGUUUGUCAUCUACCAGCGCCACGAUGUCCAUGCCAGCGCCAUCAACGUGCUCAUUGAGCACAUUGGCAGUAUCGACCGCGCCUAUGAGUACGCCGAGAAGACCGACACCCCCGAGGUCUGGAGCCGUCUCGGUAAGGCUCAAUUGGAUGGCAUGCGUAUUAAGGAGGCCAUCGACUCGUACAUCCGUGCCAACGACCCCAGCAACCAUGUCGAGGUUGUUUCGCUCGCCUCGCGCGCCGACAAGUACGAGGAUUUGGUCCGUUACUUGCAGAUGGCUCGUAAGAUCUCGCGUGAGCCUUUGGUCGAGUCUGAGCUGCUGUUUGCUUAUGCCAAGACUGACCGCUUAGUCGACAUGGAGGAGAUCCUUAACGGCUCCCCCAACGCUGCCCAGGUCCAGGUAAUCGGAGACCGCUGUUUCGAAGAGAAGAUGUACGCCCCCGCCAAGCUCCUCUACUCGAGCAUUUCAAACUGGGCCCGCCUUUCGACUACUUUGGUUCACUUGGGCGAAUACCAGGCUGCUGUUGACGGUGCCCGCAAGGCCAACAGCACCAAGGUCUGGAAGGAUGUUCAUGCGGCAUGUAUUGAGCGCAGGGAGUUCCGUCUGGCCCAGGUCUGUGGACUGUCGUUGGUUGUCCAUCCCGAGGAGUUGGAGGAGUUGAUGCGCCUGUACAUCAGCCAGGGCUUCUUUGAGGAAUUGAUGGCCCUGUUGGAGUCUGGUCUGGGUCUGGAGCGUGCUCAUAUGGGCAUGUUCACCGAGUUGGCGAUCUUGUAUGCACGUUACCGCCCCGAGCGGAUGAUGGAACAUCUCAAGAUUUUCUGGUCGCGCAUCAACAUCCCCAAGGUCAUUUCUGCCUGCGAGGAGGCACAUUUGUGGACGGAGCUGGUAUUCUUGUAUGUUCACUACGACGAGUACGACAACGCGGCGAUUACGAUGAUGAAGCGGUCGCCCGACGCUUGGGAACACAGUGCGUUCAAGGAUGUGGUGGUCAAGGUGUCGAACCUCGAGAUCUACUACAAGGCCCUCCGCUUCUACUUGGAUGAGCAACCUAUGCUUUUGAACGACCUUUUGGCUGUCCUUGUGCCCAGAAUUGACCACAACCGCGUCAUCCAGAUGUUCCAGAAGUCGGACAACUUGCCCCUGAUCAAGAACUACCUCGUCUCUGUCCAGAGCAUCAACAACUUGGCGGUCAACACAGCGUACCACGAUCUGUUGAUUGAGGAGGAAGAUUACGUCCGUUUGCGCAAGUCGAUCGAUACGAACACCAACUUUGACAACCUGGCGUUGGCUGGACGGCUGGAGUCGCACGAGCUAUUGGAGUUCCGUCGGAUUGCUGCACACCUGUACAAGCGCAACAAGAAGUGGAGACAGUCGAUGACGCUCUCGAAACAGGACCGCCUCUACAAGGACGCCAUGGACACUGCGGCCGAGUCGAGGGAUACGUCUGUCGCCGAGGAGUUGCUGCAGUACUUUGUCGAGUCUGGUCACAAGGAGUGCUUUGCGGCAUGUCUGUAUAUCUGUUACGACCUGGUCCGGCCCGACAGGGUGAUGGAGCUCGCAUGGAGACACCAGUUGACGGACUUUGCGAUGCCCUACAUGGUUCAGUUCACGCGAGAGUAUGUUGAGAAGGUCGACAUGCUGAACAAGGCCCAUGAGGAGCGCGAGGCCAAGGAGACCAAGGAGCGGUCAGGAGAGACACCCAUCUUGGGACCUGGUGGAUUGGGCAACAGCAGGAUGAUCACAGCCGGCCCUGGUGUGGGUAUGAUCCCACCCCAGCAGACUGGCAUGGGAGGCAUGGCCAUGGGAUACGGCCAGAGCGGAUACGGAUUCUGA